AUGAUUGUUCCAGUAAUAUGUGUUUUAAGCUUUUAUUUAUCCCUUUGUCAAUCGGAUAAUAUUGUCCUGGAUAUCUCCAAGGAUGUCGAUUUCAGCAGAUUCCACGUAGAAAAGGGGUCGAAUAGUAAAGUAACUACACAUAAAUAUUAUCGCAAAAGUGAUUUUAAGAUCACAAAAGUAGUUGAUGGUGAAUGUGUGAUAUGGGAUGGCGGUAUCAAAGGUGAAGUGUGUGUAUCUGUAACACAGCACUUGAUAGAUAAUUCGUCGUUAAAUAUACAUAUUAAAGUUUUAGGUUUAAAUAAGGAAAAUAUUGAUUUAUACUACGAAAAAAGGGGUAAAACAUGGGUUCAAACUGACCUCAAAAAAUCAGAAUCAUAUUACCAUUUAAAUCAAUUUUUAGAUGUGAAACUGGUAAGAUUUGAUGUAAAUUCAAAUCCUGAUAGAGAAUUAUUUAAAGUGGAAAGAACAAUCAAAAACGGAUUUAUAAAAAAGGUUUGUUCUCCUAAAAUUGGGGUUAGUGUAACUAGUGUUGAAAACAAAAAUGAGAAAAUUUGGGGAAAGAAUGAAAAUUCAAAAUUUUUCCAAAUAACCAUCUCAUAUAUAAGAAACGAGGCGAUUUUGGCUGAAUUGGCAGUCCAAAACAAUAACGGAUUAGAAUAUAGGUAUUUUGAAAAUAGAAAUGAAAAUUGGGUUGAGAUAACACCCAAAUCAUAUGUGGAAAAAUCAAAGGGAAAUGAUCUCCACUUCCCACUUUACGAUAUAAAAAAUUUAGAUUUAACAAAGUUUAGCGUUGAGGAAUAUGAAGUCUUGGAUACCAAUACCAUUGUUUACACACCUCUAAUAGGUACAACAAUAUUAAAUAUAUCGGAAGGUAAUAUUCCAAUAUGGGGAACAAAGGGUGGAAAUUGUGUCGACAAAAUAUGGCUCUACUCCAGAGGUGGAAAAUAUCUCACCACAAUUUUAAGAGUUAUCGAUUCUAAUGAAAGACAAAGACUAAUCAAUUACAAAAGAAUUGAUGGUGAAUGGAAGCUGGUCGUAAACGAAGAAUUGUAG